AUGGAGGCUGCCUUACAUAACAAUGAGCGCUACAGUGACAUUAUAUUCAACGAUUACGGGCACACGUGGGAGAGUUUACGACGCGUAUCGCACACUGCUAUGCGAAAAUACGCCAAAAGCGAUGAUUUAUCAAAAGUGGUGGACGAGGUUGUCCGGGAAACCGUUGACCUAAUUAAAAAUAAGCAUGGUCUUAAUAAGCCGUUUGCGCCCAAACUACUCGUUUAUAACAUGGUAGCCAAUAUUGUCGGCACCAUUGUGUUCAGUCAAAAGUUUGACAUUGAGCAAGAUGAACUAAUAAAGUUCAAGUACUGUUUCACUGAUUUUCAAAGUGACCUUGAUGAAAUGAUGAAAUACAUCAUGGACAUUUAUACAUCCCAUAAUGACACCUACAAUAGGGGUGUUAUACGCGACUUUUGCGAUACACUUAUUAUGGCUAAACAUGAGGCGGUUGAACAGGAUAAGUUAACUGCACCCUAUUUAACCGAUGAGAACCUAGCUGCAUCCAUUAAUGAUCUGCUUAUGGGUGGUGUUGAGACCUCUAGUACGACAUUUGAAUGGAUGUUACUAUUCAUGGCUUAUCACCCGAAGUACCAGCAAAAGUUGCGCGAUGAGAUUACACGCGAGAUUGGGGAUAAAGUGCCCAUGGUCGAUGAUAAACCAAGCGAGUUCAUACUCAAAAAUUAA